AUGCACAACUACAAAAACAACAACAACAACAAAUUAAUGAUGCCCCGAACAAUUAUGUCUACAAAGAGGGAUAGGAAGAGAAAGCCGUGGAGCUCCGAUCAGAUGACAAGGGCAGUUGAAGCUGUACGGACUAAGUCUAUGGGUUUUACAAAGGCAGUUAAAAGUUUUGGUGUGCCAAGAACUACUCUAAGAAGGCUCGUCCAUAAUACUGAGUUGUCGCCAGAGCUAGUUGUACAGAAGCCCUUAGGUAGAAGGCCUGUGUUGCCACCUUACCUAGAAGAAAAAUUAGUGGAAUAUAUAUUGCACAUGGAGCAAAUAUUUUAUGACUUAACUCGAAUGGAUGUCAGAAAAAUAGCCUACCAGUUGACAGUUCAAAACAAUAUUCCCAAUCCUUUUAAAAAUGAUAUAGCAGGUCGAGCAUGGUUAGAUCAUUUUCUUAAAAGAUACAAACAUCAGUUGUCUCUCAGAAAACCUACGGGAACCUCUUAUGCACGAGUUCAAGGUUUCAAUCCAGCAGCAAUAAAUAAGUUUUUUGAUAUUUUGGAAGCCGAAUACAUAAAAUGCCAAUACCCCGCAGAUCGCAUCUACAAUGUAGAUGAAACAGGCAUCACCAUUGUACAAACAAAAAUACCAGCAGUAGUGGGUCGAAAGGGCAAAAGGCAGAUCGGAGCUUUAACUGCUGCAGAACGCGGUUCGUUGAUAACCAUAGUUAGUGCAAUGAGCGCUGGAGGCACUUUCAUACCGCCAAUGAUGAUAUUCCCCAGGAAGAAUUUUUCAGAUGUUUUAAUGAAAGGAGCUCCCUCUGGUGCACUGGAAGGCCUGCCCCCCCACACAACGCACAAGCUCCAGCCUCUUGACUGCACAUUCAUGGGAGCUCUUAAAUCUCACUACAGUGAAGAGAUUCGAAAAUUUUUGUUGCAUUCUGACAGAGUUCUAAAGCCACAUGACAUUGCAGAGUUAUUUGGGAAAGCUUACUUAAGGUGCGUAACAGGUGAGAUAGCUGUAAAUGGCUUCAAAAUCACCGGUGUAUAUCCAUGCAAUCGCCACAUAUUCACCGAGGCUGACUUCCUGGAACUACCUCAACUGCGAUCAACAGUAUCGACAUCACCACAUAACACAUCGGCAAUAACAACAGUGAUAGAACCAUUAGCAACAGAUGUACAGCCUGGGCCCUCGACAAUCAAUGAUCAUGUAGAAAACACGAUUCUCAAUGAUCAUCCCGGUUCUUGCGCUUCUGAAUCAUCUUUUGUUUUACUGCAUGAUAUAUCACCUAUCCCGAAGCCCAAAACAAAGACUUCAACUCGAAGACGCAAAACAUCAUCGGCAGCUAUACUUACAACGUCAACUUACGUAAGGGAAUUAGAAGCAUCCAUUAAAAAAACUACAACUUUAGGUCAAUUGCAAAAGUCCCCAGAAGAGCCUCUAGUCCUAGUUCAAGCAGCAGUUCUGACAGUAAUGAAGAUGUUCUUCCAAGCAGUGGUGAUGAUUCCGAUGUUGAUGAAUCUUUGCAAGGGGCAGUUUCUGAGAACAACGAUGCAACUUGUAUUUGUUGUGACCGCCGUUUCUCUGAUGACCGAAAGGGCGAAAUAUGGGUCCAGUGCCAAAGCUGCAUGGUCUUUAGGUAGUCAUAUAAUUUUCAGGUUACGAUUGUUUAUGCAUAGAAGGUACCUUACGAGUCAUAAAGAUAAGGUCGCGCUGGGUGGGCCCCUGUCCACACACCAAUUUUAUAGAGAAUUAUCUAGGCUGCCGCUGAGGUGCUCGGCACUGCAGAUGCUGCUUUUGGCUGUAAAAGCCGCAUAA